UUCGUAUCUCUACGUGCAAAGUCUAUGUAACGUCGCGCAACUCGAUAAGCUUGACUGACAAAAGACAGUGACAAGGCUCAACUUUAUAAAUGAUACAACGCCUUUGCCUAUCGAUUGCUGUUUCAAAAUAAACUAAAUAACAUAUUUGUACUCUUAGGAAUAUUCUUGAAAGAACGACAUGCUGAAUUAAGUUUUGUACGAUAAUCUGUGGCCUAUUAAGCAAGGACAUAAUGGCCGACGUCCAGUAUCAAGCUCCUCUAAAAAAUAAAGGAAAGAAACCAGAUGACAUUCAGUCAUUUCUGCCAACAUUACCUGCAAAACGAAGCAAGCCAGUAUGGCAGGCCAACCCACCUUCUUUUGUCCUGUCCGGGAAACCUCCUGAAGAUGAAGUAGAGGAUAUGAGUGUAUCAGCACAGAUCACUCCAAGAUCAAGGAAAGUUAGAACCAGGACCAGGACCAAGUCUAAUGAAGCAGAACAGAAUGGAACCAACGGGAAAGGAAAGUCCUUUGGGCAUCCACGCAAGGACAGAGAAAGCUUCAGGAAUGCCCUUGUCAAUAUCAUUAUGCAACAAGAAACAGAAGCAAGACCACCUUCUGUCGAAGGGGAACUCCCUCCUCUAUCAAGAACAGGAUCACCUACAGCUGCUGAGAAAGAUAUUCUGCGCUACUAUUACUACAUCCACAAUGGGAUAGACACAGAGCAUGUAGCUCCUAUGGAAGACUCCUGGUUGGAGAAUGUCUUGCAGCUGGUUGCUAAGGGUCUCAAGGAAGGUCAUGGGGAAACUAUUGAAACCCUCUCAGAUGAGAUGAAAGAAGACUACUUGCUCAGCGUCAAGAAAGCCAUUGUUGACUUUGUCCUGCGUGACCCCCGAGAGAGGGAUGAUGACAAGCAAGAGGAAGUUAUUCCUCAUCGUGCUGAACUUUCUGUUGUACCCAAGCCCUGGAACAAGUCCUUCCUCACUGCCCAGGCUGCUAUUGUCCAAGAUCUUGACAUCACCAACCCUACCAUGCUUCAAGUCCUUGAGCUCUGGCAUGUCUCCUUCGGAAAUUUGAGGUUGGUUGACAUCCAAGAGUUUCAUCAGAAGUCUACAUCCAUGGAGCUACCAUUGUUCCAGACUCUUGUCAUGAGACACAUAGAAGGAGCCAAAGAGAAAUUGAUGAAGAAGUGGUUUCCUGAAGUUCAGAAUAUCUACUAUCAGGGUAACCGUAGGAAGCUGGUACCAAGCAACCACAAUGGCAAGAAGCUUGAGGCUUUCUUCAACUGUGCUGCCACCUUGAUGACCCAGCAACUCCAGGAACUGUGUCUAGUAUCCAUGGAUGACUUCAGUAGUCUCAUCUACCAGUCACCGACGUCCACCCGUGCCUUUGAGCACCCUGGCUUUGUUAUCAGGCUAGUAUUGGAUGGAAGUGAAAUCAAGUUUGAACCAACCUUCUCAGACUUUGAAGUUGUUCUCCUUAAUGUCUAUGAUGUCAUGAUUAAAGCCGUCAGUGUCAUUCCAAGGGUUGAGACCAAGCUCUAUUCAGAAUGGAAUGGCCCCAAGUCUACAUUGCGUCCUAUCAUCCUUGACGAAAUCCUGAGUGAGCACAAGGCUAAGGUCAAAGAGAUCAUCAAAAGAGAGAGUGAACGUCCCAAGGAACAUCUGAAGAUAUACGACAAGUAUAUGUUCCUAAUCAAUAAACAGGCUGAUGGUGACGUAGACCAGUUCAUGCAGGAGGAACAUACCUUUGAAGAAUACACUAAGGAAGUGGAGAAAUACCAUCAGCUUAAUGAAGAGAUCAUGUUUCAUACCAGAAAGGAUGGUGCUGAUCAGAGAAAGGUGGUGAGAUUAGGCAUGUUUGAGCUGCAUUGUGAUGAACUGAUCCGAGCCCUCUCCAAGAGAGCUGAAAGCCUGAUGGAACGCCUCCUUGCAAGGAUGUGCAAGGAUCAUGCUGAAGCCAACCGCAAACUGUGUGAAGAAUACGAAGCCAUUGCCGAGAAGGCUCUCACCACACCUCCAAACACAGAGAAACUAAUGGAACUACGGGCAUUUAUUGAGAACGUUGAGAAGAAGACCAUCCAUGAGCUUGAGAAGGACCUAGUCCAAAGUAGGGACCGACUAACCUUCCUGGUGGAUUACGCCUCAUUUUCUCCCGCUGAGAUCCGUCUGAACAGCAGCACGUUUCAGUGGCAUGAGCGCAUGCCAGAGAUAUUUGCAGAGCAUAGGACCAUUGUAGAUGAGAAGACUGCCCAGUACCAGGAGGGACUCACGUUGAGGAGAGAGAGAUUCCAAGAAGAGCUGGAGAGCUACACCAAGCAGCUUGAGGAAUUCCAGACAUUUGGUGAUAUGUCAGAGGUCAAUCGAUACCUCAAGAAAGCCCAGGCUCUCAGCAACAGGCUUGAAGCAGCUGCAGAGAAGAUUGAAGCAUUCAACACAGAAGAAGAGUCAUUUGGCUGGCAGACAUCUUCUUAUCCUCAGAAAAAUACCAUCGUGAGCACCCUUACCCCAUACCUCAAGCUGUAUGAAACCACAGUAGAAUUUAACACAAAGCACAAAAAUUGGAUGGAAGGUGCUUUCUCUGAAGUGAACCCUGAUCAGGUGGAUGCUGAUAUGGGUAACUACUGGAGGACACUCUAUAAGCUUGAGAAGCAAUUCUCGGAGGUACCUACUGCUAAGAAGAUUGCUGAGAAAGUCAAAGACAAGGUGGAUAACUUCAAGGAGUACAUCCCAUUGGUCACAUCAGUAUGUAACCCAGGUCUUAGAGAUCGUCAUUGGGAACAGAUGGCUGACAUUGUUGGCUUCCCGCUCAAACCUGAUGAGGACACCACCCUGUCUAAGAUGAUAGAUAUGAACCUUGAGCCGUACCUAGCAAAGUUUGAAGGAAUCAGUGAGGCAGCUUCUAAGGAGUAUUCAUUGGAGAAAGCCAUGGAGAAGAUGGUUGCAGAAUGGGCAGAAAUGGAGUUUGUAAUGAUCCCAUACCGUGAGACUGGUACCAUGAUCCUGUCUUCAGUAGAUGACAUCCAAGUUCUGUUAGAUGAUCAGAUUGUCAAGACUCAAACCAUGAGAGGAUCACCAUUCAUCAAACCUUUUGAAACUGAGAUCAAAGCCUGGGAAGCCAAACUCUUGCUUCUUCAGGAGAUCUUAGAUGAAUGGCUGAAAGUCCAAGCAACCUGGCUCUAUCUGGAGCCCAUCUUCAGCUCUCCUGAUAUCAUGGCUCAGAUGCCAGAGGAAGGGCGUCGCUUUGCCACUGUUGACAAGAACUGGAGAGACAUCAUGAAGGCUUCUGUUGUGGACAAACAUGUGUUGGCCGUGACAGAGAUUGACAAGAUUCUUGAGAGACUGAAGAAAUCAAAUGAGCUCCUGGAACUCAUCCAGAAGGGUCUGAAUGACUAUCUGGAGAAGAAGCGUCUGUAUUUCCCACGAUUCUUCUUCCUGUCCAACGAUGAACUGCUUGAGAUCCUGUCAGAGACGAAGGAUCCAACCCGUGUACAACCUCAUCUCAAGAAAUGCUUUGAGGGUAUUGCCAAGCUUGAAUUCACUGACAUCUUGGACAUUACUCACAUGAAGAGUAGUGAGGGAGAGGUCAUUGAACUUAUCACAUCUAUCUCAACUUCUAAAGCCAGAGGUCAGGUGGAGAAAUGGCUCCUUGAACUAGAAGGAUACAUGAUUACUAGCAUCCAUAAGGUAUUGAAGGAAGCCAUGGAUGCCUAUGCAAAAACAGACCGUAAUGAGUGGGUGCUGUCCUGGCCCGGUCAGGUCGUGCUCGCUGGAACACAGAAGUACUGGACCGAUGAAAUCCACAGGGCUAUUGCCACCAGUCAAGAAGCCCUACAAGCCUACUGGGAACUCAACAACAGACAGAUUGAUGAUAUUGUCGCCCUCGUCCGUGGCAAGCUCAGCAAGCAGAAUCGUACCACUCUUGGAGCUCUUGUUGUGUUGGAUGUCCACGCCCGUGAUGUCUUGACAGAAUUGGUGAAGAAUGAGGUUCACAAUGAGAAUGACUUCCAAUGGUUAUCCCAGCUUCGUUACUAUUGGGUAGAGGACAACAUGAUCACGCGCAUGAUCAAUGCCAUGCUGGCAUAUGGAUAUGAGUACCUAGGAAACUCAGGACGUCUGGUCAUCACUCCACUCACUGAUAGGUGUUACAGAACCCUUUUUGGUGCCCUCCAUCUCCAUCUUGGUGGAGCUCCUGAAGGCCCUGCUGGGACCGGUAAGACUGAAACAACCAAGGAUCUUGCCAAGGCAGUGGCCAAGCAAUGUGUGGUCUUCAACUGCUCAGAUGGUCUGGAUUACAUUGCUCUGGGCAAGUUCUUCAAAGGUCUGGCAUCCUGUGGGGCUUGGUCCUGCUUUGAUGAGUUCAACCGUAUUGACCUUGAGGUGUUGUCUGUGGUAGCCCAACAGAUCUUGACUAUCCAGAGAGGUAUCAAUGCUGGAGCUGAUACACUGCUCUUUGAAGGUACUGAGAUUAAACUAGAUCCUACUUGCUCUGUCUUCAUCACCAUGAACCCUGGUUAUGCUGGUCGCUCAGAUCUACCAGACAACCUAAAGGCCUUGUUCCGUACUGUGGCUAUGAUGGUUCCAGACUACGCUCUCAUCUCUGAGAUUGUGCUCUACUCCUGUGGGUUUAUCAACGCCCGCCCUCUGUCUGUCAAGAUUGUUGCUACCUACCGUCUGUGCUCUGAACAGCUCUCAUCUCAACAUCAUUAUGACUACGGCAUGCGUGCUGUGAAGUCUGUGCUGACUGCUGCUGGUAAUUUGAAGCUGAAAUAUCCUGAAGAGGAUGAAGAUAUCCUGAUGUUACGUUCCAUCAAUGAUGUCAACCUGCCCAAGUUCUUGUCACAUGAUCUGCCUCUCUUUGCUGGUAUUACAUCUGAUCUGUUCCCUGGGGUAGUCCUUCCAAAGCCUGAUUACGCUGUCAUGACAGAGUAUAUCAAGGAGAAUUGUGAAAAGUUGAACCUUCAGCUGACUGAUGUCUUUAUGGACAAGAUCCUACAGAUCUAUGAGAUGAUGAUCGUUCGUCACGGCUUCAUGAUAGUGGGAGAGCCAUUUGGUGGCAAGACCUCGGCCUACCGUGUACUAAGCAUGGCUCUUGGGGAUAUUGCUGAAAAGGGCCUAAUGGAAGAGAACAAGGUUCAGAUUACAGUCAUCAACCCCAAGGCUAUCACCAUGGGUCAACUCUAUGGUCAGUUUGACCCUGUUUCUCAUGAAUGGUCAGAUGGAAUCUUGGCCAUUAGCUACAGAGCCUUUGCCAGCUCAACGACACCUGAUCGUAAGUGGCUGAUCUUUGAUGGUCCUAUUGAUGCUAUCUGGAUUGAGAACAUGAACACUGUCCUUGAUGAUAAUAAGAAGCUAUGUCUGAUGAGUGGUGAGAUCAUCCAGCUUGCUCCUACAACCAAUCUCAUCUUUGAACCUAAAGAUCUUGAAGUGGCCUCUCCUGCAACUGUGUCUCGAUGUGGUAUGAUUUACAUGGAGCCUCACAUGCUUGGAUGGCGCCCUCUUGUGGUGUCUUGGAUGAAUACCCUACCUGCUGGUUUCACAGAUAUGCACAAGAAGAUGAUCAAAGAUAUGAUGUAUCGCAUGCUCCCUGCCUCCCUAGAGUUUGUACGCAAGAGUGGUGUCAAGGAAUUGUCACCAACGAAUGACACCAACCUAGUGAAAUCUCUGAUGAAUCUGAUGGACUGUCUCUUUGAUGAGUUCCAGGAUGAGGGCGCUGUUGCUAAGAUGGAUGAACGUGCAGUAGUGGGAUGGAUCGAGGGAGUAUAUCUGUUCUCAUAUGUCUGGUCAAUUGGUGCCAGCAUCUCUGGCGAGGGUCGGGUCAAGUUUGAUCUUCUUCUCCGAGAGCUGAUAGAUGGAGGACUCUCGGAAGAAUCUCGUAGCAAGUUUCAUCUGAUUGAGUUUGUUGAUCCACCCAUCAAGCCGUUUACCAUGCCGUUCCCCAAAGAGGGCAGUGUCUAUGACUACAGAUUUAUCAAAGAGGACCUCGGUCGAUGGGAAUUGUGGAUAGAGGAGAUAAAGGAGGCCCCGCCCAUUCCUAAAGAUGCUGCAGUCAACUCCAUCAUUGUGCCAACCAUUGACACAGUCCGAUACACAGCCCUGAUGAACAUGCUGGUUAGCCAUCAGAAACCUUGUCUCUUUGUUGGUCCUACCGGUACUGGAAAGUCUGUCUACAUCACAGAAUUCUUGCUGAACAGUCUUGAUAAAGAAUUGUACAAACCAAUCAUCAUCAACUUCUCUGCCCAGACUUCGGCAAAUCAGACCCAAGAUAUCAUCAUGUCCAAGUUGGACAAGCGCAGGAAGGGUGUCUUUGGUCCACCCUUUGGAAAGAAAACUAUUGUAUUUGUUGAUGAUCUGAACAUGCCUGCUAGAGAAGUAUAUGGAGCCCAACCUCCCAUAGAGUUAUUACGUCAAUGGUUAGAUCAUUGGAAUUGGUACGACCUCAAGGAUUGUACGGCUAUGAAACUGAUUGAUAUCCAGAUUAUGGCAGCCAUGGGACCCCCAGGUGGUGGUCGUAACCAAAUCACACCAAGAUUCCUUCGUCAUUUUAACACUAUGACUAUCAAUGAGUUUGAUGAUUCUACUAUGGUCGGUAUCUUCAGUAAGAUCAUGUCUUGGCAUGUUUCAUCAAGGAACUUCUCCAAGGACUUUGAGCCAAUCGUUGACCAGAUUGUGUCAGCAACUGCUGAGGUAUACAAGGCAACCAUGUCCAACCUCUUACCCACCCCAGCCAAGUCACAUUAUCUGUUUAACCUGAGAGACUUUGCCCGUGUCAUCCAGGGUGUUCUACUCUCUGUACCAGACUACUGUGAGACCCCUGCCGUUAUGAAGAGAUUGUGGGUCCAUGAGGUAUUCCGAGUGUACUACGAUCGUCUCGUGGAUGACAACGAUCGCAAAUGGACAGUGGACUGCGUCAUGGAUAUCAUGAAGAGCCAUCUGAAAGAAGACUUCCACACACUCUUCACCCACCUAGACUCCAACCAAGACGGAAAGGUCGAGGAGGAUGACCUCCGUAGUUUGAUGUUCUGUGACUUCACCGAUCCUAAGAAUGAGAAUAAGAACUACAUUGAGGUGUUGGAUGUGGAGAAGCUGAGGGUGAUCGUUGAGAGUCACUUGGAAGAGUUUAACGCUAUGAGCAAGAAACCUAUGAAUUUAGUUAUGUUCAGGUUUGCUAUUGAACACGUAUCAAGGAUAUCACGUGUGAUCAAGCAACCCAAAGGUCAUUGUCUUCUGGUUGGUGUAGGUGGUAGCGGACGUCAUUCCUUGACCCAUCUAGCUAGUCACAUGGCUGACUAUGAACUAUUUGAGGUUGAAAUCUCCAAGAACUACACAUCAGUUGAAUGGCGUGAAGACCUUAAGGUCAUUUUGAGGAAAUCAACAGAAGGAGAGCAACAUGGAGUAUUCUUAUUCUCAGAUACACAGAUUAAACAAGAGUCAUUCCUUGAAGACAUCAAUAACCUUCUAAAUGCUGGUGAAGUUCCAAAUCUCUUUGCAACAGAUGAGAAGGCAGAAAUAUGUGAAAAGAUGAGAGUCAUUGACAGGCAACGUGACAAGUCCAAACAGACCGAUGGUUCUCCUAUCCAACUCUUCAAUCUUUUUAUUGAGCGUGUGAGAGAGCAGCUUCAUGUGGUCUUGGCUAUGAGUCCUAUUGGAGAUGCAUUUAGGAAUAGACUUAGAAAGUUCCCAUCUCUUGUCAAUUGCUGUACCAUCGAUUGGUUCCAGUCAUGGCCAGAAGACGCUCUGCAGGCUGUUGCAUCUCGUUUCUUGGACGACGUUGAAAUGGAUGACGACAUCAAGGAAGGCUGCAUCAACAUGUGUAAGCUGUUCCACACCACAACACGUACCCUGUCUCAGAAGUUCAAGGAUGAGCUGGAGAGGCACAACUAUGUGACUCCGACCUCGUACCUGGAAUUAAUCAACACUUUCAAGACUCUACUAAACAAGAAGAGACAAGAGGUGUAUCGUAACAAGCGUCGAUAUGAGGUUGGUCUAGAGAAACUCCAGUCUGCAGCAUCUCAAGUCUCCACUAUGCAGAAAGAACUUGAGGAACUCCAACCGCAGCUUGUAGUAGCUAGUAAGGAGGUCGAUGAAAUCAUGGUCGUCAUCGAGAAGGAAUCUGUCGAGGUUGCAAAGACAGAGAAGAUUGUGAAAGCUGAUGAAGAGGUGGCCAACAAGCAAGCCAUGGCUGCUAAGGCUAUCAAAGAUGAAUGUGAUGCUGAUCUAGCAGUAGCUCUACCCAUCUUAGAGUCUGCUCUAGCAGCUCUUAAUACCCUAACAACCCAGGAUAUUACAGUAGUAAAGGCCAUGAAGAGCCCUCCUGCUGGUGUCAGGCUUGUGAUGGAAGCCGUCUGUAUCCUGAAAGGACUCAAACCAGACAGGAUCCCUGAUCCUGGUGGAUCCGGUAAGAAGAUUGAAGACUUUUGGGGUCCGUCUAAGAGGCUCCUUGGAGAUAUGAAGUUCCUUCAGAGUCUGCAUGAGUAUGACAAGGAUAAUAUCCCUCCAAACAUUAUCAAGACAAUCCGUACCAAGUACAUCCCCAAUCCAGACUUUGAUCCUGCCAAGAUCAGACAGGCCUCUACUGCCUGUGAGGGUCUCUGUAAGUGGUGCCGUGCCAUGGAUUCAUAUGACAAAGUGGCUAAAGUGGUUGCACCCAAGAAGGAAGCCUUGGCAGCUGCUGAAGGUGAGCUGAAGGUAGCCAUGGCAGGAUUGGAGAAGAAACGAGCAGCACUCAAAGAAGUCCAGGACAAACUCAAGAAGCUUGAAGACAAACUUGAAGCUAACAAGAAGAAGAAGCUAGAUCUUGAGAAUCAGGUAGAUCUGUGUUCCAAGAAACUUGACAGAGCUGAGCAACUCAUUGGUGGAUUAGGAGGAGAGAAAGACAGAUGGAAUCAAUCAGCCGCUGACCUGGGUAAACUCUAUAUCAACUUGACUGGUGAUGUGCUCAUUUCUUCUGGUCUGGUUGCAUACCUUGGUGCAUUCACAUCUGCCUAUAGACUGGAUCAAAUCAAAGAAUGGUUCAGCGAAGUCAGUGCUAAUGGAAUCCCAACAUCAGCAGAGUUCUCUCUUAGUAACACUCUUGGAGACCAGGUCCAGAUUAGGGCUUGGAAUAUUGCUGGUCUACCAACAGACAGCUUCUCUGUUGAGAAUGGCAUCAUUAUCAGCAAUGCUCGUCGAUGGCCUCUCAUGAUAGAUCCUCAGGGUCAAGCCAAUAAGUGGGUCAAGAACAUGGAGAAAGCUAACAAUCUUCAUGUCAUCAAAUUGACCGAUGGUGACUUUGUGAGAACCCUGGAGAAUUGUGUCCAAUUUGGAACUCCUGUUCUGCUGGAGAAUGUUGCGGAGGAGCUGGAUCCUAUCCUGGAACCAUUGCUCCUGAAGCAGACCUUCAAGUCUGGUGGAGCCAUCUGUAUCCGUCUUGGAGACAGUACCAUAGAGUAUUCCCAUGACUUCCGUUUCUACAUCACUACUAAGCUGAGGAAUCCUCACUACCUCCCUGAGACUUCAGUCAAGGUUACUCUGUUGAACUUCAUGAUCACCCCUGAGGGUCUGGAGGAUCAGCUGUUGGGAAUCGUGGUAGCCAAGGAACGUCCAGAACUUGAGGAAGAGAGAAAUGCCCUCAUCAUCCAGAGUGCUGACAACAAAAGGCAACUGAAUGAAAUUGAGAACAAGAUCUUAGAAGUGCUCUCCUCAUCGGAAGGCAACAUCCUUGAGGACGAGACGGCCAUCAAGGUUCUAUCCUCCUCUAAAGUCCUUGCCAAUGAGAUCUCUGAGAAGCAGGCUGUUGCAGAAGAGACGGAGAAGAUGAUCAACAAGACCCGUCUAGGAUACAAACCCAUUGCCACCCAUUCUAGUAUCCUGUUUUUCACCAUUGCCGACCUGGCUAACAUUGAACCCAUGUACCAGUACUCUCUUACAUGGUUUGUGAACUUGUUUAUCAACGCCAUUGAGAACUCAGAGAAAUCUGACAAUCUUGAGAAGCGUCUUGAGAACCUGAGAGAAUACUUCACUUACUCACUCUACUGUAACAUCUGCCGUUCUCUCUUUGAGAAAGACAAGCUGUUGUUCUCCUUUAUCCUGAACACCAACCUGCUGAAACACACUGGUGAGGUCAAGGAAGAGGAAUGGCGUUUCUUAUUGACCGGUGGAGUAGGUCUGGACAACCCUCACUCUAACCCAACCUCCUGGUUACCCUCUACCUCCUGGGAUGAGGUCUGCCGUGCUGAUGAGAUGCCAAAGUUCAGCGGCAUCCGCAAGAAAUUCCCUGCCCAGAAGGAGGGCUGGAAGGUUCUUUACGACAGUGGUGAACCACAAAAUGAGAAGCUGCCAAGUGACUGGGAGGAGAGUCUAGGUCUCUUCCAGAAGCUCAUUAUCAUCAGAUGUCUACGACCAGAUAAGGUGGUACCUGCUGUCCAGGACUUUGUGACCCAGAAACUGGGCAGAAAGUUCAUUGAACCCCCACCGUUUGACCUUGGUAAGGCCUUCAAUGACAGCCAUUGUUGCGCCCCUCUCAUCUUCAUCCUGUCACCUGGUAGUGAUCCUACUGCUGCUCUUCUCAAGUUUGCUGAUGAUCAGGGCUUUGGAGGUAGCAAGCUGAGCUCACUGUCGCUAGGUCAGGGACAAGGUCCUAUUGCUAUGAAUAUGAUAGAGAAAGGUGUGAAGGAAGGUACAUGGGUCCUGCUUCAGAACUGUCACUUGGCUGUAUCAUGGAUGACAACACUAGAAAAGAUAUGUGAGGAACUGAACCCAGAAGCGGUCCAUCCAGACUUCCGUCUAUGGCUGACCAGUUACCCAUCUCCUCACUUCCCUGUGGCUGUCCUUCAGAAUGGAGUCAAGAUGACCAACGAACCACCCAAGGGUCUCAGAGCUAACAUCAUCCAGUCUUACCUCAGUGAUCCCAUCUCAGAUCCAGAAUUCUUUGGAAGUGUCAAGGCUGAUGCUCAGCAUGUAUGGAAGAAGAUGCUUUAUGGCCUGUGUUUCUUCCAUGCCUUGGUGCAAGAGAGACGUAAGUUUGGUCCUCUUGGAUGGAACAUUCCUUAUGAGUUCAAUGAAACUGAUCUUAGGAUCAGUGUCAGGCAGCUGGCUAUGUUCCUUAAUGAAUAUGAGGACAUCCCAUACGAUGCAUUGACUUACCUGACCGGUGAGUGUAACUAUGGUGGUCGUGUGACAGAUGAUCGUGAUCGACGUACCCUCCAUACCAUCCUGGAUAAGUUCUACACUCCUAAGAUUGUAGAUGAAUCCUAUAAAUUUGAUUCAAGUGGAACCUACUAUGCCCCUCCUGCUGGCGAUUAUGAGAGCUAUCUGACGUUCACCAAGAACCUUCCCAUCAUCCCUCACCCUGAGGUGUUUGGCAUGCAUGCCAACGCUGACAUCACAAAGGAUCAGAGCGAGACCAAACUCUUGUUUGACAACAUUCUUCUUACUCAGGCUCAGUCUCGUUCUUCGGGAGGUGGUGCCAAGUCUAAUGAUGACAUCGUCAAUGAUGUCGCUGCUGACAUCCUGGCCAAGCUACCACCACAGUUUGACAUUGAGGCCGGACUACGCAAGUAUCCCACCACCUAUACCCAGAGUAUGAACACUGUGCUUGUGCAGGAGAUGGGAAGGUUUAACAACCUCCUGGCUGUGGUUAGAUCAAGUAUCAUCAACAUCCAGAAGGCUAUCAAGGGUUUGGUGGUGAUGUCUUCAGAGCUUGAGGAUGUGGCUAAUAGCAUCCUGAAGGGCAAGAUACCAGGAAUGUGGAUGAGUAAAUCUUACCCAUCACUCAAACCUCUUGGUAGCUAUGUCAAUGACUUCUUAGCAAGGCUCAAGUUCCUUCAGGACUGGUAUGAUGUUGGACCACCACCUGUGUUCUGGAUGUCUGGUUUCUUCUUCACACAAGCCUUCUUGACUGGCGCCCAGCAGAACUAUGCCAGGAAGUUCACCAUACCCAUUGAUCUCCUUGGCUAUGACAUGGAAGUUCUUGAUGACAAGAAACAUGAUAAGGCACCCGAGGAUGGUGUGUAUGUGAGAGGCUUGUUCAUGGAAGGUGCUAGAUGGGACCGAAAAACACGACAGAUUGGAGAAUCUCAUCCGAAGGUACUCCAUGAUACAAUGCCUGUGAUCUGGAUGAAACCAAUGAAGCGUUCAGAGCUUCCAGAUAAACCUGUUUAUGAGGCACCACUAUACAAGACCAGUGAACGUAGGGGUACUCUCUCAACCACUGGACAUUCUACCAACUUUGUUCUCAUGCUGAAGAUACCAACAGAAAAACCACAGACUCACUGGGUUGCUAGGGGCGUGGCCUUACUCUGUCAGUUAGAUACUUAGAUUGCUCUAAUCAUUCCUUAUUUUGUUCUCAUAGAGAAAGUAUUCGACAUUAUACAAAAACAGGAUAUUUUUUUCAAAAAAGGUUCAUUUUCCUUAUUAUUGACAAAUACAUCUAAUCUCCAGUCUUGCAGUUAAUUUGAUGGGGUUGUUUGAAAAACAAAAUGGGCAAUGAUGAAGAAAAUCUUCUUGAAACAUUAUAUUGAAUUCCAUUACUUGCUUUAUAGGAAGCAUUUGACAUCUAAAGUUAUUUAUAUACAUAUUUAUAAAAAGAUGUAAAUAUAUAUAUUGUUGUAUUCAAAUGAUGUAAAAUUAUUGUAAUUAAAAGAAUAAGAUGAAAUUUCUGCACUUUUAGCUCAAACACAUAACAUUCAUCAUUUAUGUUCAAGUUUUAAUGGAAAAUGAUAGAGCUCAUAUUCUACAUCCAAAUUGCAAGUUAUUUCAUCUUGUGAACAUUUAUGUAAUUUCAUGUAGAUGAAUUAUUAAAUGACCAAACUUCCAAGUAUGUUGUGUGAUAUGGUGAAGAACAUUUCUUACAAUGUUUGUGCUUUACACUGUAAGUGAAUAUCUAUUUUUGUUAUUCUGGCAUCCAGUUUUAUUUUUAAUACAUUAAAAGUCAGUUCUCGUUCAACCAAAGAUAUUCUUGGUGAAGUCAUAUUAUUUAAUGAUGGUGCACUUGAUAUUAAGCUCCUGAUUGAUUUUAGAUAUUUUAAUGAAGACAAUGCUGUAAAGAUACCAUCAAAGUUGUUUUUUACACUAGGAUUGGGAGAAUGUACUUCAGGUUUGAUACUAUUUAAAGUUGUAAUGAAAAUAUGAUGUAAAAUUAACAAUUAAAGUAGGUGUGACUUAGUCCCAGAAAAUGGAACCAGUCUAAAAAUGUAUGUACAUCUAAUUUGUUGAAUACUUCUUUCAGAAAGUCAACUUGAAAUUCUAUAUUGUUAUGUAUUCAAUUUAGUUCUUACAUAAACACCUAUUUAGAAUAGAAAUGGAUAUAAAAAUGUGUGAAAUUCCUUCUUGUGUCUAUGAGAAGAUAAAUUAAGUGAAAGGAGAUGUAGAAACUUUAUGUACAUUUAAAAAAAAAUUCCUUUGUGAAGACGAGACGAAGACAUAGGGUCAAUACAAUGUACAUUGUGUAAAUAGUAUUCACUGUAUAUUAGAUUUAUUAAUAUUGCAUUGGGAUAGCUGUAUGAAAGUCAACAUUUUCAUAUUAUUUCUCUGCUGUGGUCAGAGAUUACUGGAAUCAUUUGGAAGACUACAAUCUAUGUGUCCUUAAUUUGUAUAGGUAUUUGAUAUUUUCUAUCACUUGUGUUUUGAGAUGCAACAAUUGCAUAUGAAGUACACAUUUGACCAUCAGUCAAGUUGUAGGCUACAUGUAUUUGAUAUGUAAAUUUUAAAUGUGACAUGCCUGUACAGAGGAAAUGAAUUGUACUUUUUUGUGGCAUGUCAAACUGGAAUUAUUCAAAACUUUUGAAGAUAAAGAAUAUGAAAAAUAAUGGGAGAUUUUAUGAUUGAUUUUCUCAAGGCAAAAAAAAAAAAAGAAGUGAACAAGUUUUUUUUUUUCAGUACAGAGUAUAUAUUUAGAAAAUUCAGUGUUAUUCUACAAAUGACCCAUCGGAUUCAUAUUUGUGUAUUCUACUGUCCGUCCUGUAAUUUUCAAAGUAUCUUUGAGAUGAUAAAGUAUGAUUAAAUCACUCGACCUUGAUUCUUGUAUUUCAAACUAUAUGCAUAUUGCAUUUGAAACCGUCCAUUUUUUGUACACAUUCACACUUCAUGCAGCUAUUUAUGAAAAAAAAGGUUCAUCUUUUCUGUGAAGAAUGAUUUUAAUACAUAAUAUAUUAGCUUUAUAUUGAAUAUGUCUAUUGAUUUGAACUUUAUUGAUGCAGUAUAUUUUUUAUGAUGAAUGAAAUGUAAAUGUCUGUGUAUGUAUAUAUACAUUUUGAUGUGUAGGCCUAUUAAGAUUUAAUCCCAGACAAGGAUGUAAGAUAUGAUUAUAUUGAAUAAAUUGAAUUUACUUCACUAUUCCAAGAGGAAGCCAAAAAAGUGAUUAAAUAUUCAAUAAAGAAACAUUAGUGAUCAGCUGUUCACUGAAGAAUUGGAAAGAGUAGUUUCUUGUACAAUCACUAAAUGAGGAAACAAGGUUUCUCUAUAUUUUCAUCAAAGCCUAAAUUUUACACCACCAAAUGAAAUGAAUAUCUUUUGUUUAUCCCCAUCCAUUGUAAUGAAUUCAGAUUAUUUUUGUACAUAAUAUUCUUCCAAGUGGAUCCUUUGUAUGCUGUUUUGAAUAUGAGUUUUAUUUCCCAAUAAAGUCAAAGACAAGCACAAUAAAAAAAAGUUCAGUUGUAAUUAUUUAAUAGUUCAUAAUUCUUCAUAAUGAAUUCACAGAGUUGAACAAAGAAUAUUUAUAUUUUACAUAAGUGUGACAAUUUUUUAAAACAUAAAUUCAUUCAUUGAAAUCACAUGAAGGUAACAUGUAUUGAAAUCAUUCAUUUUACAUGUAAAUCAAAGGAGUGUUUCAUCACCUAUCUCCUUGGUGAUUGAGAAAAUUUGCUCCCAACUGUCAGUAGCUUAGGCUACAGUCAUAACCGUCAAGAUUAACCUGCUCGGCGACCAGGUGCCGCGUUUUUAGCCAAUUUUGCCCAAGCAUUGAGUGGCGGCCAUCCAGGCACCACUGGUUUUCGGGGCAUUGCUCAGCCGCCACUCAAGAUAUAACACAAAGUUAAAAUUUUGGUGGCACCUGCUCAAUUUUCACUCUCCGCCCUAAAUACGCUCGGAGCCUGCGUGGUUGCCACUUGAUGGAUCAAAGGCUGUCGAGCAGUCAACGGCCGGUUGCUGGCCGCUUAGAGAUUGGUCGAUGAUCUCGCGGCGAAUGCCAGGCAAUUACUUAAAAAUAGGCUGUUGCCUGGUGGGAGACUGCCCGGAAUUGAUGGGUCGUCAGCCGAUCACUGCUUGGAUGUCAAACAGUAAAGUGCCCCCAAUUUGACUCUUAUUUGGCCUAGAGUAAUGGGUAAUCUCUUUUUCAUUAUUCAUGGCAAAGAUAAUAUACCGCCAAUUAAUUUGUUAAGAUCAUAUUUUCAGUUAUUUUUUUAUAUUUUUUGCUGCAGGAUUAGGAUAUAGUUUUUACUUCGUGAAUGGGUUGAAAAAUGGCAAUCCAUAAAAGAGUGGAUUAAACUACUAAACUAUGCCUAUAAGAAUAUCAACCUAUCAGUUUAUUAUUUAUGAACAAAGCUGCAUGUCCUUCCACCAAUAAUAUGCCAAAUAAAGACAAUACAAUACGGUACAUGUCAAAACCUAUCCAUGACAAUAUUUUUUUCAAAAGGGACAAAAAUUUGUCAAAUGUUCAUGAACCAUAUAUAUGUGUAAGCAAGGAAACAAAGUGACCAAGCUGAUCAUGAAGGCAUUUUAUGAGUAUGAGAGUCAUGUAUCCCAAUGAACUUGUUACAAUUAAACAGAUUAUGAUUUACAUAUCAAACUAAAAGGGAGAAAUUAUAGAGAGAGGCAUGACUAAAUUUUCUGAUUUAGAUAUACAGGUACCAGUAAUCUAAGUAGAAUCUCCUUGGAACAGAAGUCCGUUCUUAGACUAAGCAGAAAUUGAAGUCUUCAGAAAAAAAAACUUGCUUUAACAAAGGCAAUUAUUUGACACAUGGAAUAUAUUAUAUCUUCAUCAGGAUUAUAUUAUGAGCAUAAAAAAAACUAAUACUGAAAUUGCACAAUCAGAAAUUACAUGUUUUAAAGGCAAUUUUAUCAGGCUUGUAGUUUCAAUGCUGUAGCUUCUUAACAUUAACAGCAUUGGAAUGUUUGUAUGCAUGUAACUAUAUGGAUGUACAUUGUUUUAGCCAUACUUUCUUUUUUUUUCAAAUGUUAUUCCACCUACCAUCAGAGCAAAUCAAUCAUUGAUAAUAACUGGGCAGAGCUUGGAUUGCUUGUAAUGCCCCACAAUCAAUAGUACAAUAUUAUUUGCAUUCUGACAUAUAGGCCUUGGACAUUU